UCCAGGGGCCCAGCCGUCUGCUAGCCCUGCCCAGGAGGCUCCCGAGAACUGUGGAACCCUGUGCCCUCGAGACUUCCAGAGCAGCCCCGUGUGUCACAGAGCGGCCCGCGAGGCUUCCGUCUUUGCUUGGCUGAGCGCAGAUGAGGAUGCUGCAGACAUGUUUAACCCUCAUGUGUUAGAUUCUCCAGCCGUGAUUUUCGACAAUGGUUCCGGGCUCUGCAAGGCGGGGCUGUCUGGAGAGAUCGGUCCCCGCCACGUGGUCAGCUCUGUCGUGGGGCACCCCAAGUUCAAGAUGCCUUCGACGGGAGCCAAUCAGAAGAAGUACUUUGUGGGGGAAGAGGCCCUGCACAGGUACGAGGUCUUGCACCUGCACUACCCCAUUGAGCGGGGCCUGAUCACGGGCUGGGACGACAUGGAGAAGCUCUGGAAGCACCUCUUCGAGUGGGAGCUGGGGGUCAAGGCCAGCGACCGGCCGGUGCUCAUGACCGAGCCCUCGCUGAACCCCAGGGAGACCCGCGAGAAGAUGGCCGAAGUCAUGUUCGAGGGCUUCGCCGUGCCCGCCUUCUACCUGUCGGACCAGGCGGUGCUGGCCCUCUACGCCUCGGCCUGCGUCACGGGCCUGGUGGUGGACAGCGGGGACGGGGUCACCUGCACCGUCCCCAUCUUCGAGGGCUACUCCCUGCCCCACGCCGUCACCAAGCUCUACGUGGCGGGGAGGGACAUCACGGAGCACCUCACGCGGCUGCUGCUGGCCAGCGGCAGGGCCUUCCCCUGCGUGCUGGACAAGGCGCUGGUGGACGACCUCAAGGAGAAGCUGUGCUACGUGGCCCUGGAACCGGACAAGGAGCUGUCGCGGAGGUCGGAGGACGUGCUGCGGGAGUACAAGCUGCCGGACGGGAACAUCGUCCCCAUCGGGGACCAGCUCUACCAGGCGCCCGAGGCCCUGUUCUCGCCCGACCAGCUGGGCAUCCAAAACCCGGGCCUCUCCAAGAUGGCCUCGUGCAGCAUCACCAAGUGCGACGCCGACAUCCAGAAGACGCUUUUCGGGGAGAUCGUGCUGUCCGGGGGGACCACCCUGUUCCAGGGGCUGGACGACCGGCUUCUCAAGGAGCUGGAGCAGCUGGCUCCCAAAGGGACCCCCAUCAAGAUCACGGCGCCACCCGACCGGUGGUUCUCCACCUGGAUCGGCGCCUCCAUCGUCACCUCCCUGAGCAGCUUCAGGCAGAUGUGGGUCACCUCCGCAGACUUCAAGGAGUUCGGGACGUCCGUGGUCCAGAGAAGGUGCUUCUGA